AUGACGGAUUCGUUUCAACCAGAAUUAGUUUUACACCAGGCUGCCGAUACGUUAAGAGCUCAAGCACCAGUGAGUGGUGAGCGACAUUUGUUUUCAGUUAGAAAAAUAUCGACUGAGCCGAGGAUGGUGGUUGGAGACGAGACACGCGAUGGAGUGUCUCGAGGGGGUCUUCGUACGGGUGCUGUUGUUACGAACGAGACGAUAACUACAGUGACUGCUGAUAGUGGUUCGGUGCCGACUGCACCUCUUUUUCCAGAAACGCAAAAAGGGUCUUUAAAAUCGAGUCACGAAGAGUCGACAGCAGCCACAAAAGCACGUGGAGAGCCACCUGUAAAGGCAUUCACAACCAAUCCAGUCUCUAUAUCAACUGAGUCAACUGAGGUGCCAGUGCCAGUGACAGUGCCAGUGUCAACUUCAACGGCAACGUCACCUCUGGCUUCUAGACCUAUAUCACCUACGCCAGCUACAUCGAAAUCUACUCCUAGUCCUUUGCUAGCUACAGCUGUAUCUGGUCAAGGCUCCGACUCGAGCUCUGGCUCUAGCAGUGGUUCGACAACCGAGACUUCCAAACCACCAGCAGUAUCUUCUACAACAGCUACAGCAACAGCUGAAUCGUCAGAACGAACGACGUCAAUUAAUAUCGAGGCGGAACCUAAAACUUCAGCUGCCUUGUCACCGAAUUUAGGUUCCGGUCCCACUGAGGACUCUACUUCGAAACCUCUGGCUCCGACUCCGACUCUAAUUCAAAAACCUCUCAAGACUACAACAUCUACAGAUAAAAGCGACGCUAUCACGACUACAACAAGCAAUUCUGACAGCAAUGCUGGUUCAUUGGCUGCCAGCUCUGGUCUGACUAGCACUGGCACCGAUAUCACGGAUUCGAAUCCCGUUACUAGUUCAGAUUCAGUCAAAAGUCCUGAAAGUCCGAGCAAAAGUCCGAUAUCGAACACCCCUGCAUCGAAACUUUCACCACUUGACACGCCGGUUAUUAAUUCUGAGACAGUUCCUAGCACGUCCCACGAUUCAGCAACUCCUUCUACAGCAGGUCCUACAGCAGGAUCUCUAGUACAUCCCACAGCAGGUGCACCAGCUGAGAUGUCGACAUUUAUGCACGAUACAGGUGAUAGCGCCGUGCCCAGUGCCACAGCUACUAGAUCCGGUUCUGCCACCCCCUCCACCACUAGCACCGGCAACAGCAGCACCACCACCGCCUCAAUCAACCCUAACAUCAACACAAGUGAGGACGCCACAAUCGUUAGAUCAGAUCCAGAUUCAAAAUCCUUGUCUCCGACUUCUACAACAACAACAUCUACAACUCCCGGGAAACACGCGUGCCCGUAUUGUCCUCAGACAUACACGCGGAAUCACAACCUGAAGUCACAUCUAUUAACACAUUCUUACGAGCGUCCCUUUACGUGCGAGACGUGCUCGUCUAAAUUCCGACGACUCCACGAUUUAAAGAGACAUCUCAAGUUACAUACUGGAGAAAAGCCUUUUAUUUGUGAAAAGUGUGGUCGUCGGUUCGCACGGGGGGACGCUCUAAUCCGACAUUUGAAAUCGUCAGGCCAGUGUGCAGGGGUAAGACGAGCCAGUUUUGUUGGAGAUGUUGAUACUGGGUCAAGUGGCGCAAGUGUGGCUGCAAGUGCAGGUGAAGAAAAUAUUGCUGCAAGUUCUACAGGAGUCAAUCCAGGAAGUGAUAGUAGAGGUUUAGGAAGUAGACCCGAUAUUUUCGAUCAUCGAAAUGGUACAGGAUUAACGGUUGGUUCGAUUUCUGGACUCAAAGGGCAGGAACUUGUCAGCCACAAGGGUGAUAUCAGCCACUUUCCAGGUGAUGGACAUGCUAGCAGCACCAGCAGCAGUGGUAGCAGUCGUGGUCCUGUAUUAGUACAUCAGUUUAGUUCAGGUCAUGGCCAUACUUCGAGUCAUGGAAAUAGUCCUACAAGCUCCGGUGCCUCACAGGGACCACAGGGACCCCACGGUUCACACUCUCAAUCUCCAGUUCCAUUACCAAUAUCAGCCUCUUCGAGUGAUUCGAGUUCCAGACCGAAUAAAGUGCUGCUGUUAUCGUCGUCAAAUUACAGCCAGGCAGUUCCCGCCCCUGUUCUAGUAACUAUCCAGCCGAAUAACACUGGCCCUGGCUCCUCAAGCUUACCAGGUAUGGAAGAGUCCAGACUGUUUAUCCAUGCGAAACCCGGUCUGAUUGGUCCUCGUUUCGAACCUCCAGCCUCGCUCAUUUCCUAUCCCUCCCAUAGCAGUUCUAGCAACAACAACAGCCACAACAGCCAGGGUCUGCCAGGUUCUCGACCCCCAGCACCCCCUGUUCUCAAUCACAAACCGCUCAUGGUCGAUAGCAGGUCGCUACCUCCUAUCACUGGAACCCGCUCGUAUGGCUAUAAACAGCCAGGAGAUCUCAGUCAGCAAGCAUCAGCGUCAGCAACAGCAGGAGCCUCAGCAGGAGCCUCAGCAGGAGCCUCAGCUCCAUCAUCCUCAGUCCAGCAUCAGCCAAUUGCUCCAGCACCUCCACAACUGCCAGCUUCGACUCAAACAACAACGAUCUCCUCACCUGUGCAAUCAGACCGCAUCCAGUCUGUCCAGAGCAGCACUUCAAACCACAGACCAGGUCAGUUACAAACAGCAGUCUCAGGACAUCCUCCUGCUCCUGCUCCUUCUGUUCAUCCUACCAAUCACUCCCUGCCACGAGAGAACUCAAGAAUCGACCCUGUUCCGUUGCAACCUCAAACUCUCUCGCAAUCCCACUCACACCUUCAGCCACAACAGCAGCAGAAACCACAACAGGUGCAAAUGUCGACCGGACACUCGAUUCUCCCACAAAACGAGCACCUGUCGCCCUCGCAAACCCACGUCCCCAGACCCCCAUCGCAACCACAGCUGUCAUUCACCCGCCACAACCCCUCACCCUCUGCUGCAGACGCUCCUGCCCCUUCCACAUCCAUUUCCUUUACCCACACCCCUCCAUUACCAGGCACAUCCCACGAACCCACUGACGAAUCCUCAACAGACUCGCUUCUCCGAGUGGUCAAAAUCCUCGAAUCGCGAGUCCGGAUGCUGGAAGAACGGCUCCACGUCACCGAAGGACGGCUCUCGUUCAUGGAAAGCCAGCGUUAA